AUGAGACAAUUAUGUGUAACUUUUUAUCUAAAAACAUGUUGUGACCCCAGCGGUCAGGAUGGUGGGCGCUGCCUCAUGUCUAGUGAUGGUCUUUCUAACAAAGGCAUCGAAUUGAAGCACGGCUCCCAGAAGUUACAACAAGAAUCUUGUUGGGAUCUUUCUCGGCAAACUUCUCCAGCCAAAAGCAGCGGUCCUCCAGGAAUGUCCAGUCAGAAAAGGUAUGGACCACCCCACGAGACCGACGGACAUGGGCUAGCUGAGUCUACACAGUCAUCCAAACCUAGUAAUGUUAUGCUAAGGCUUCCAGGUCAAGAGGAUCAUUCUUCUCAAAACCCCUUAAUCAUGAGGAGGCGUGUCCGUUCUUUUAUCUCUCCCAUUCCCAGUAAGAGACAGUCACAAGAUGUGAAGAACAGUAACGCUGAAGAUAAAGGGCGCCUUCUUCACCCAUCAAAAGAAGGUGCUGAUAAAGCCUUCAAUUCCUAUGCCCAUCUUUCUCACAGCCAGAUCAAGUCCAUCCCUAAGAGAGAAUCCUCCAAGGACCUUCCAAGUCCGGAUGGUAGAAACUGCCCUGCUGUUACCCUCACAAGUCCUGCUAAGACCAAAAUACUGCCCCCACGGAAAGAAUGGGGGUUGAAAUUGGAAGCUAUCGUUCAGAAGAUCACAUCCCCAAACAUUAGGAGGAGUGCAUCCUCGAACAGUGCGGAGGCUGGGGGAGACGCAGUUACUCUCGAUGACAUCCUGUCUUUGAAGAGCGGCCCUCCCGAAGGCGGGAGUGGUGCUGUUCAGGAUGCCGAGAUGGAGAAGAGAAAAGGUGAGGUGGUGUCUGACCUAGUCUGUCCAACAAACCAAGAGUUGAGCAUAGAAAAGCCUCUUGCACGGUCUUCGGAGGAGUGGCGUGGCAGUGGGGAUGACAAAGUGAAGACCGAGACACACCCAGACACGGCCACUGCUGGAAAGGAACCCCCUGGUGCCAUGACGUCCGCCACCUCAUAGAAGCCUGGGAGUAACCAAGGGAGACCAGAUGGUUCCGUGGGCGGGACAGCACCUUUAAUCUUUCCUGACUCAAAGAAUGUACCUCCAGCGGGCUCAUUGGCUCCUGAGGCAAACCCCAAGGCUGAAGAGAAAGAGAACGAUACAGUGAUGAUUUCCCCCAAACAGGAGGGUUUUCCCCCAAAGGGUUAUUUCCCAUCAGGAAAGAAGGAGAGACCCAUCGGUAGUGUGAAUAAGCAAAAGAAACAACAGCAGCCACCACCUCCACCCUCUCAGCCCCCUCAGAUACCAGAAGGUUCUGCAGAGGGAGAGCCAAAGCCAAAAAAGCAGAGGCAAAGGAGGGAGAGAAGGAAGCCUGGGGCGCAGCCAAGGAAGCGGAAAACCAAACAAGCAGUUCCCAUCGUAGAGCCCCAAGAACCUGAGAUCAAGCUGAAGUAUGCCACUCAGCCACUGGAUAAAACUGAUGCCAAGAACAAGUCUUUUUUCCCUUAUAUCCAUGUAGUAAAUAAAUGUGAACUUGGAGCCGUUUAUACAAUCAUCAAUGCUGAGGAAGAAGAACAGACCAAAUUGGUGAGGGGUCGGAAAGGUCAGAGGUCCCUGACCCCUCCACCCAGCAGCACUGAGAGCAAGGUUCUCCCAGCUUCAUCCUUUAUGUUGCAGGGACCUGUCAUGACAGAGUCUUCUGUUAUGGGGCACCUGGUGUGCUGUCUGUGUGGCAAGUGGGCCAGUUACCGGAACAUGGGCGACCUCUUUGGACCCUUUUAUCCCCAAGAUUAUGCAGCCACUCUCCCCAAGAAUCCGCCUCCUAAGAGGGCCACGGAAGUGCAGAGCAGAGUUAAGGUGCAGCACAAAAGCGCUUCAAAUGGCUCCAAGACGGACACUGAGGAGGAGGAAGAGCAGCAGCAGCAGCAGAAGGAGCAGAGGAGCCUGGCCGCGCACCCCAGGUUCAAGCAGCGCCACCGCUCGGAAGACUGUGGCGGAGGCCCCCGCUCCCCGUCCAGGGGGCUCCCUUGUAAAAAGGCAACCGCUGAGGGCAGCAGCGAAAAGACUGUUUUGGACUCAAAGCCCUCCGUGCCCACCACUUCAGAAGGUGGCCCCGAGUUGGAGUUACAAAUCCCUGAACUACCUCUUGACAGCAAUGAAUUUUGGGUCCAUGAGGGUUGUAUUCUCUGGGCCAAUGGAAUCUACCUGGUCUGUGGCAGGCUCUAUGGCCUGCAGGAAGCGCUGGAAAUAGCCAGAGAGAUGAAAUGUUCCCACUGCCAGGAGGCAGGCGCCACCUUGGGCUGCUACAACAAAGGCUGCUCCUUCCGAUACCAUUACCCGUGUGCCAUUGAUGCAGAUUGUUUGCUCCAUGAGGAGAACUUCUCGGUGAGGUGCCCCAAGCACAAGGUGAGACUGUGGAGAUGAGAAGGUGGUGGACCCUUGUGAUGGAAUGGAAAUGGUCCUCCUGUGCAGCCACACCCCACCCCGCCCCACCCCGCGUGCCUGCCGUGUCAGCACUUCCUUCCUAAGUUCUUACAUCACUCUCAAACUGGUGACACCACAGGAAAGAAAGACCCAAGAAGUUGGAAUGGCUGUUUCCAUGGACACAAUCUCCAUAGUGACAG